AUGGCAGGGAAGACAUACAAACUACUGAACUGUGACAAGCACAAGUCUAUGUUGUUGAAGAAUGGACGGGAUCCGGGGGAAGUGAGACCAGACAUAGCUCACCAGAGUUUACUGAUGCUGAUGGACAGUCCCCUGAACCGAGCUGGCUUGCUGCAGGUUUAUAUCCAUGCACAGAAGAAUGUGCUGAUUGAAGUGAACCCCCAGACUCGAAUUCCCAGAACCUUUGACCACUUUUGUGGCCUCAUGGUUCAGCUUUUACACAAACUCAGUGUUCGAGCAGCUGAUGGCCCCCAGAAGCUCUUGAAGCUCAAUGUGGAGUAUACAGAGAAGAUGGUGUCCAUCAGCAACUACCCCCUUUUCUGCUGCUCUAACCUGCGCAAAACUUACCACAGCCUUUGAGGAAGUGUGGAGGGUCAUUUGACAGUAGGACUUUGCUCUGAAACAGAGACUGUUGACAUUUGCAUCCCUUGACUCUUCUAACUCCUGUUGGUGAUGACCUUCCUGAACCAAGACUGGGGUUAGUGGAAGCCAAGGCUGAAUGUACAUUUGCUAUUUGUUUAUCUUAUAAACACUGUUCUUGCAAAAAAAAAA